CACACGAUAUGUCGCAGUAUGGCGACGGGAUGUGAGCCGAGAAAAGUUUAUAUUUGGUCGAUCGCGUCGAGGAACACGAAAAACUGAGGCGAGCGUAGCUUUGAUUUGUCGCAGUUUUUACAUCUUAGGAUAACAUUACGUCUGUGGAUGUGAAGUGACAUAAAUGAAUGGAAUAGAUAAAUAGACAUAUUUCUGUGUGUCCUCUGUGCAGCAUGGUCUCUUGGAGAACAUCAAACAUCGGAAAACAUCAUGGAAUCAAUAAAGAUCAAGAGCAAUGCGAGGAAGUCAACCUACAGUGGGAGGCCGAAUGCAGCCCACCAGGAGCAGCUGAGAAUGAGACAAGCCUUAAAACUGAAGUCCAAUGCCAACCGUGUCCCAGUGAAGUCAUCACCAACAACAUGGAAGAGCCCCGGAUGGUCCCUGAGCGCAAGAGUGCGUCAAGGCACCAGGGACGAGCUUCUAACUCCAAUGGUCGUCGCGAAUGACAAGGAGAGCAUUCCAGAAGCUGCAGCAUUGAACAGUGACAUGAGCAGCGGAUCGGGGAAUGUCGAAAAUGGCGCCAGCAGUGAGAAGAAAAGUCCAGAUCAGAGAAGCCUCUGGUCACUCUUUUCAGCUCCAAAAGAGAAGGUAGAUGAAAACGCAUCCCAGGUAGAUUCCAUCACAAAUGGUUCUGGUAAAAGCGAUGAUGACCAUCUUACACCUCAACGUGUCAAAAGAGCUCCAUCACAAGAUCCAAGGAUUAGAAAGAGAGAGGAGUCUAAGGCAGAGCUCACCAAAAAGAUCAGUCCAACUUCUUUCAAUCUCUUGUCAAAAAUGAAACCACUGAAAAGUGCUUCAAGGAACUUCUUUGCACAUCUGGGGAAAAAGCCAGAUGUUUCUGCUAGCCCGGAAGUUAGUGCGACUUCAGAACAUGAUAGAGUUACAUUGGACUCUCAAAAUGAUGCAAGUAACGCUGCAACAGAGCAUCGUGACAGCAGAGUAGGUAAUAGGGCAACAGUUGUGUCAAGAAACAAAAACUUAAAAGACAUCAGAAAAAAGAGCUCAAAGGAAGAGAAUUAUGAGCAAAAUUGCAAUAUACUUCAUCUGAGAGAGCAAGCAAGGAUUUGCUCAAGUGCUAGAGAUAAAAAGGAAAAUUCUGUGACGGUAGAACAUUCUAGGAUGAAGGAAAGUGGUAGUAAAACAAGAAACAAAAGAGGAAAAAAUGCACUUCCCGACACUGGGGAAUUGGUCUCGACAAACCAAAAUCAAGAUAAAGACGCUUCAUUAGCAGAGGAUGCUACGAGUGGCACAGCCAGCCCUACAAAACUUGAGGAAGGACCCAGCAAGGACAUAGCUAUGCCUACUCUGACAUUACCGGCAGAAAUUGAGCAUAAGCGAUAUCCAAGUAAUGUGUCAAGUGAACUUGAUGAUAGCGAGUGUCUAUUCAUUGAUGAGCAAGCCCAUGCUGAUUCUCCAUCAGAUAAUGAUGAAGACUCCAGUAAGGUACAGGAUGAAGAGGAAAGUCAUGUCCUACGUGUGUGGAGUCUGCAGUCAGAGGGAGAAAGAAACAGUGACUUCCAGGAUGUUGACCUCAGCAGUUCAUUCGGUGGGGAUGCGAACUCUUCACUGGGUCUGGAUGAUAGUUUACCAUCCGUAGGUAAUGAAUCUCUGAACAGCUUUGGUGUGUCCAAAACAGAGAGUGAUGCGAGAUUUGUUGAGAGACUCCAUGAAGUUGAGAAAUCAGGUGCUUUGUCAAAAAGCUGUAGUGAGAGAAUCUUAGAGACAGCCAAUGCCACUCUCAGGAAUGCAGAUACACGUAUCCACAGGAGCAGGAGUUUAGAAGAAGGCCCUCCAAAGUUACAAGCUCAACCAAACACACAUCAUCUUCUACAGGAAUUGGAUAGCUUGUUAGAGUCCAGUACUUUUCAGAGUGACUCUCAUUCAAACAUGCAACAUGAAGCGAUCAAGCAUUCAAACAGGAAUCUUGAAGCAAGUCAGGAUUCAAAGACGCUGGUUGAAGAUAGUGAGCCCUCAAACAUGCAGUAUGAUGAAAUUCAAGGAACAAGUGGAACAGAUUCCCUCAAUCAAACUGAAGAAUCUGGCCAUAGCAAUGCAACAGAGUCCGCCAGGAACAUAUUCAGUCUCUUUGGUAGUGCGAAAAAGCCAUUGUCGCCUAAAAACAUUGUAAAGCUUCAAAUUGAUACAGGUAACCCCUACAGCAGCUCAUAUCUUUCUGCUUCGUCAAAAGACUCGAUAGUACUAUCUGGAAGUUGCUCGGGCGAAAGGAACAAAUCAACAAGGACAAAACAUACUGAACUUAAUACUGCCAACACUUUGUCAAAUAACAACGCACCAGACACCGGGCUCCCAACUUUGUCUUUUCGUAAUGAGUCGCACGAUACACCAGGCAUUUUUUUAUCUGGUAACAAUUCAUCAGAUCACGGUCUCCCUUCUUUGACAAAUAUAAAGUCACCAGGUACUAGUAUUCCCAGCCUGACACCAGAAACGGGUACAGGAGAUGGACAAGGGAGCAGGCAGAAAGACAUACCUCCCCAGAACAGUCAACCUCCGGAACUGUGUCUGGAGGUGAAUCCAUCAUCCCUUGGUGAGAGAGAGGCAUCCUUGUCUUCUCCAAUCUUCCCUGCACCGGACGAAGAAAAUGUGGACAACGUACCAUUCUUAGCAUUUGAAACUAGGGAUGAUCUUGUAUCAUAUUCCAAGGCAAUGAAGCUGAAAAUGCAGAGAAAGCCUACUCAAACAAACAAAGUUCCUUCCAAGAAAUGUGUGUACCCUGCUGUGAAAAAUGUUAAGAUGAAAAAGAGAAGGAAGAACCCAAUGGAGGCAAAGAUAAAGGCUCUUGAACAGGAUUUACUGUGGUCCAUGGAAAGCAAGGGUCUUACAGAAAUAGUCCAUCCUGUUCUUAGUAGAAAAGGAGUUGCUCUGGAUGCAGUCAAGAAAAAUGAUCUAGUUGUGAAUGUGCGAAACGAAGAACUUGAAAGACUGUCAUACAAAAAACCAAAGCAUAAGAAAAAGCAUAGGUCAAAGUCGGAAAUUGGCCACACAUCACAUGCCAGAGGGCAUGGCAGGCAUUCAAAUUUUGUUGGGCUUUCGAGACAUAGACAUUUCUCAAGUUUGCAAGUGAGGAAAAGUAGCAUAGACAAAGACUGUAAAAAAGAGCAUGCAGAGAAGCCCUCGGAUACAGGGAAGGUUGUUGGACUGAAGCAUGGACAUUUUCCAGAUUUGCAGAAGAGCAUUAGCAAAGUGCAGAGCUCUGAGCAGUCAAAGAAAGAGACAGAGACGAAAAGAAGUGAGGCUAGACAUCAAGAGUGGGCAGUUUGUCAAAAGGAAUUGCAUGCUCCAUCGGAGAGACCAUCUCUGAAAUUGAAGCUUGUAACCAAAGCAAAGAGCACAUCUCCCACAAAAGUUGAGCAGAGUCCUCUAGCCUUGUCCACUAAACCUAGGGAAAGCACAGUGCCUGUAAAGAGUCCUACUUCCCACAUUCCAGUCAAUGUUCAACAGCUACAAUUACCAUCAUCCUCCGCUGUCACAAAAAGUACCGUACCACAGCCCAGUGCAAGGCUUCCGGUAGAGGAGAGUCUCCCCUUCAAACCUUUCGAAAAACCUGUCGCUUCAAAGAAAUCUGCAUUUGUGAGUGAUGCGCUUGAAGAUCUUCUGCAAGGAGUUGGCAUGAACAAUAAGAUGAAGCCUCUCAUCUCCCCUUCUACAAUAUCUGUGAGCAAUGCCAAGGUAGUCUUCAAAGUACCAAGUAGACAGAGUCAUUCUGUGAAGACGCUGGACAUGGCACUCAAGAGACAAAAACCAUUGAAUGUUGCUUCUCCAAGCUACAGCAGCUUACUUCUCAAGGAUUCUCAUAAUGAACACAGAGGUGAGAAAAAGAAGAAGAAAAAGAAGAAAAAGGAGAAACACAAAGAUAAAAACAAGUAUAGAAUCAAGGACGGGUUUGUCUUUGGGACUGGACCUGAUGACUUGGUUAGAAAACUACCCAAGCUUCCAUUUACUAGCUAUGGAAAAUCAUUUGCGAGACCUCUAUUUGCGAGAGAGCGGCAAGAUGUCAGCAAGGUUGGUGACAAGUCUCAAGGAUUUCUUGACGUCAGAAAUGUUCUUUCCUUGUCUGAUAAAGCUACGGGUAAACGCCAAUCUGAUGAGGCCGAGGUGCAAGGCACUAAAAAUAUUAAGCAGGAGCCAGAAGAAAGUAAUGAAGAUCGACCAUAUGCUGAUGAAAACCUACCAUCCAUCUUGAACAUGAAUCUCUCACCUAGUGGAAAAGAUGGGGAUCUUUUACAAGAAGAAAGUAACAUUGCAAGCAAAGAAUCCAAAAGUGAAGAAGGUCAGGCUCCGUCUGAGACUAAAGUUGGGGGGAAAUGUAAGGAAUACCAGGAAUACUGUCGUCUUGGAUGCAUAUGUAGCAAUCUAGAUGAAGCAAGACCGGUGCAAGAACUGAGUAAUCAUUGCCGCAAAGUGGAUUGCAUGUUCGAUUGCAUAUGCAAGAAGUCUUCAUCACAGUCCGUGACAGGUACAAGAAUACGACGGCCUCCGACACAUGCUCGUGAUAUGCUCUUUUAUGAUGAAUCGUACAAGUUUUGGAGGGUUGGGGAUCCCGAAAGUACCACAGGAGAAGUGAAGAAAAUGCAAUUGCUUGAUCAUCUCCCAGAGAGUGAGAAAAGGAAUUUGGUCAGUAGUUGUGCUAGGACAAGGCAUUUCGUCACUGAUAAGCCAGAUAAAUGGAUCAAAUUGAAGAGGAAACGGCAAGGAGAUGAAGCAGAUCAGCAGGUGGAAAAGAAAAGAGCUGCUGUAUCAAAUGUUGCUCAUCCCUUGGCUUCCGAGAGUUCAAAACCUCAAUUAACCAAUAGCAACCGUGAUCUGCAACAUGGAACUCAGCGUAUUGUAAAGCAGCAAAAAUCACAUCACAGAAAAAAGGAGUUCAUACCCUUGAUAUUUGCAGCCAAGGAUAGGAAGAGGGGGCAAGUUUCAGAUCAAGCCAGUGAAGCAGUUUAUUCCAAGAGCAAAGUGAAGAACAUCCCUUAUGCUGAGAUGACUGCACCACUCUCUCUUGCGUCUACGUCAUCCCAAGGACAAGCACCUGAAGGAUCAACAUUCUUACCAGUAUCAAAGCAAUACUUGUUGAAUGGCAAUCUGAUGAACAUGGUCAUGCUGCCAAAUGGAAAUAGGAUAUUGAUACCAGCCAGUUGCCAACCAGCCACUUGCGAACCACUCUCUGUCACAACAGCUAUGGAACAAAGCAAACCUUUUUGUGCUUCUGAGGCCAGACGCCCUGCACCGAAGGUGAAAUGUGCACAAUAUGAAACAUCAGCAAUCCCUGUACAAGUAGCCCAACCGAUCAAGAAUACCUCAAUGCAAUCCUCUGUACAGAAUGAAGAUGGGCUAAAACUCCCAACUGCACAAAUUGGCAGUUCAGUGUCCAGUGUGACUUCUGGACACCAGAGAGCAGUCUUGCCUGUACGGUUCGAACUGACAUCAUCUGGGAUAGUACUUAAACCAGGGGUAGAAGCUCCAGCAACUGCAGCAGCUCCAGUCUCUUCAAAAGGGACAGAACCCAGUGUUCAGCUUAAUGUGGCUCGGCAAGCACUUCAGAACUUGAUUGAAAAGGAAAUUUCAACAGCAGUACCAGCCAAGACUUGUCUAGUAAAACCGCGAGUUAAAUCAAAUACCUGUGUUCCAUUGGCAACUUCUUCCAAGAAACAUGAUGCAGCUGCCAGUUUGCAGGAACAGGAGCAUAGUGCCACAAAAUCUGUCAUCCAAGUUUGUUCACCCUCUGAAUCUGCAAGCCAUGAGGAUAAAGAAGAAAUCGAUUCUGCAACCAGCAAGGCAAUUCUGGUCCCUGGAUCUAGCCCUGGGAAAGCAUAUGCUGCCUCCAAUACACAUGAUAAAUCACAAUCCGUGUCUGACAGUGGGAUGGAAACUUCUAAGAAAUUGUCUUCCUCUCUACCAGGGUUUGAUAAGUUGUCAGAGAUUGUAAGACGAACUUCUGUUGAUGAUGAUGAUGGAUUAAGUCCAGUAAAGAAACUAACCCGGAAUGUUUCAGAUUGGUUGCACAAUCCAAAGAUCCAGAAGCCAUGGGAACUGCAAAAUUACACAGGAGUGAAAGGUCCUUGGUUCACUACAGAAAAUGAAGGUGUUAAGGUAGUUCUUCAGAGAAACAAAGAUAAAAGAUCCCCGUUUGGAAAAGGAGGCAAAUCCCCGAUUAAACCAACGCCACAGACAACUUCAAAAAGACCCUCAACAUCACCAUCACCAGUCCUGUCUCCCAGGAAAUCUGCAAAGGGUGAAAAGACAGCUUUCCAAAACACAAUGGACAAUGAUCCAGACUCUUGUGAAGGAAAAAGUUUGGCCAAAGAUGAAGGAGAGGCAUCUGAAAAUGUUCAUUUUGUUGCAAUGGAGCAUAAUAAGAAAGCAGAAACACCUGUAAAUGAGAUCUUUCAAACAUCAGAAGAGUCUGUUGAGGAUAAAGCGGAGCCCUUCCAAGAGCUAAUAACAAGAACUGAACAUUUGAAUAAAGAGAACCAGUAUAAUCUCUCUGAAACUAUUGAUCUUCUGUUAGACAGCAAUGCCAUUAGUAUUGUCUCUACCUGUAAUAGUCAGAUCGAUAAUAAACCUGAGAAAGGAGCUUCCAAAACUCUUGUUGACACCUCUAACAAUUCUGAAAUAAAUGAGAAGACAGAUAUUGGUGGACUAAGUGAACAACAAAGUAAAUUAAUAUCUUCUGGGGGAUCUGAUCCACCUAAAGCUGUAUCUCCUUCACCAGAUGCUAAUAUUGAUGAUGAAAUGGAUGCAGAAGGAGAGAUUGGCAUUGCGGAUGCAGAAGGAACUCUCGGUAUUGAACACUUUGCAAGGUUUAGUGAAGAGGAUGCUUACAGACCCUUGGAUGUUGACGAGGAAGUGCCAUGUUCCUUUGACUUGCCUGCAGACUGCAAUGAUGAUGACAACUCCUCUGUUGCAUCCCUGAAAAUUUAUGAAGGCAUUACUAAUGAUAUAUCCAAUGCCGACUUGGGGAUGAGCACAUCAUUACCCAAGGACCAUAUUCAGGAAACUUCAGAAACCCCUGAAGCGAAAGGAGAUACUCAGGAAAAUCUACCAUCGCCAGCAGCUAGCAAAGAUAGGGUAUGCACAGACUUGACUGACCCGACACAAAAGGACUCCCGAAGCUCAAAAGACGAGUCCAACUAUGAUGCAGGGAUCCUUCUUCAUACUGAAAACACACCAGAAGUUCCAGUUGUGGGAGAGUCAUUAGACACCCUCAUGUCAACUCCUGUCAUACCUGAGCAUGUGCCAGAGAAUCAGCCAUCAUUGGCUGAGGAUAUUAUCCAAACAGAAACCACCCCCAUGAGAAACCCAACUGUUCAUCCAAAGAAGUCACCAAUUAUGAACAUCAAAUUUGUAGCUACCAGUAACGAGAACUGCACUUCUCCAAUAUGUUCGUCUCCAUCAUCAGAAGUUCUUUCAGAGAACACACAAGAUGGAUCACCAACCCCAGUCAAAGACAAUGAUCCAUCAGAUGCCGGUCUGUCAGAUACAGAUAACUUCACUUCUCUAAUAUGUACGCCUCCAGUAUGCCCAUCACCCAUAUGUACGUCUCCAUCGUCAGAAGUUCUUUCAGAGAACACACAAGAUGGAUCACCAACCCCAGUCAAAGACAAUGAUCUAUCAGAUGCCGGUCCGUCAGAAACAGAUAACUUCACUUCUACGAUAUGUACGCCUCCAGUAUGCCCAUCACCCAUAUGCAUGUCUCCAUCGUCAGAAGUUCUUUCAGAGAACACUCAAGACAGAUCACCAACCUUAAUCCAAGACAGUGAUCCAUCAGAUACAGAGGUAGAUGUUGUCAACACAGACGAUGAUGAUGAGGAGGUCGAUGUUGAAUCUGUUGUUGGCGUCACUCCAGCUUUCCAAAACUUAAACCCGUAUUCCUCUCUCAGAAACAUAACUUCAAGACUCUCAAGUAACCUGCGAAAGGAACAGGCGAUGGACAUGGAACAAACGAAGAUCAAACCCAAGUCAUCCAGUAACCUGCGAAAGGAACAGGCGAUGGACAUGGAACAAAAGAAGAUCAAACCCAACUCAUCCAGUAACCUGCGAAAGGAACAGGCGAUGGACAUGGAACAAAAGAAGAUCAAACCCAACUCAUCCAGUAACCCGCCAUUUAAACUUUCAAUUGGACAUAGCUUUGGCUCUCCAACGCACAUUAAAAAACAUAAAUCAUCAAGUGUCUACCGUGCGCCCAUGAAAAUUAAUUCGCAGGUAUCAGCAAUUGCUCCGGUCAAGCACAAGAAGAAAAAGUCCAAGAGAAAAUCUCCAGUUUGCCCAGCGAAGCAGUGGGAUUCUCCUCAUUAUCGGGUGGUUUACACCGAACAACCUUUAGUGAUACAGGAAGAGAAGGAGGAGGAGGAGGAGGUUAAUGAACGAAUGAGCAAUCACAACCAUUUGGAGCGCCUACGAAGGGAGGAACUUCGGAAGACAUUCCUUGGGCUCAGCGACGCCGUUCGUGGAUCAAAAGAGCAUGAAGUAUCAGCUGAGCAUGGAUUAGCCCACAAGAGAGUUCCCCCUAAGAUUCAUAUCUUGAAGCAGGCUGUUGCAGAGAUUAAGAAACUGACAAUUAUCGAGAAAGAACUACUGAUGGAAAAAGAACUUUUCCAGAAACAGCAGAGACGACUUGUCUAUGUCCAUAGCAACCUCCUUCAUCAUGCAAGGUGUAAUGGACAGAUCAUCUUUCCUGAAGGCUCCAGACUUGCUGAAUCGAUGGACAGGAUAAGGGCUGGUCUGAGCAAACGCAAUCCGGCUGUUCCUCCAGAAAGCAAGCAUAUCCAAGAUUCUUCAACAGAUCUGCAAGGCAAGGGCAGGGUGAGAAAAGCCCCGAAGAACUGGGAGCAGACACUUGGUAGUCACAUCACAAAGAAGGAUUCCAGUGCAGAGAGGAGUGGUAAUCCUUCCCUUGUCUUCAAGAAGAAAAAAAGCAAACACAUUUCUGCUACAUCUUUUGGAAGCAAGGAUAUUCAAGAUUCCUCAGCAGACUUGACAUGCAUGGGCAAGGAGAGAAAAGCUUCAAAGACUUUUGAGCAGUUUCUUGACAGUCGCAUCAGAAAGAAGGAUUCCAGUAUAGAGAGAAGUAGCGACGCUUACGCUGACUUCAAGAAGAAAAAGAGCAAGAAGAAAAGUCACAACCGUCACUCGGAAAAGACAUCAAGUAGCUCUCUAAAGACAGCCUUUGGUCCUUAUCCCACAUCCAAAGAUCCACCAGGGUUCAAUAAGUAUCUGAAUUUUAUGCCUCUAACAAAGAAAGACCUCAAGGCAUCCCUCAGUAAAUCACAGAAAGAAGAUCAGGAAAGUAGCAUAGACUUAUCGGUGCCCUCUGGUUCCGGACCGUUGUCACAUGGCAGAUAUGGUGUUUACAGCGGCAAGGGGGAUCACGACAGCUCUUCCAAUGAAGAGGAAUCUUUACCGAUUGAUUGCUACGUGUCCAGCAGUGAUGAGCCAUGGGAGGACGAUGAGGGUGAGGAAGACUAUGGGAUGGAUUACGAUGAAGAGCCAUACAGCGAUGACGGCUUCAUUCCUGAGAGUGAGGAUGAGGACACUGCCAACGACAAGAGGUUGGAGAAGAGCGGAGCUUUUGGUUCUGAUGGCGACAAGAAAAAGGGGAGUCUGAACAGGACAUUGUUACCAUCAACAUUGAUCUCGAUGAUUUUGAGCAAGAAAAUGUAGAGAGCAGGAGCGAUUCAGAAUCAAGCGCAGAGUUCACAGGUAUGAAGAGAGUAAUGCCAAAGGUCAAACAAAUGUCUCACAGAAAAGAAAAAAGUUAUGCAGAGAGUGCAGAUUCCGAUGA